GAUCACGCGUGUUUCAAAAUGACCGCCAUUGUUUGGAUGUGCAGAGUAAAACGUGUGAUUGUCACUUCACGUUGCUUUGUUUUAGCCACAAGAUAUUUCUACAAUUGCAAAAAUCACUCAAAGGUAUGAGUAAAUUAUGUAAUGAAAGUAUUAGUCUACACAAAAGGCUCUAAUGAACUCGUUAAGAAUUAUCAACAAAUAUGUACAGUUGCAGUAUGGCGGCAAAUGUGACUGUAUUGUGUAUUUGUUUAGAAAACGGGAGGAAGCAUUUUUCACUGUAAUAAUAUACAUGACAAUCACAGCACACAGAAAUAUCACACAAAUUGUGUGAUAUUUCUGUGUGCUGUGAUUGUCAUGUAUAUUAUUAAAGUGAAAAAUGCUUCCUCCCGUUUUCUAAAUAUAUUAGAGGCUAUACACUGUUUUUUGGGGGGUUUAAAUAUACGAAGUGACUAUAUGACCGGCAGCCGGUCACGGUUUAUCAAAUACUAAAUGGCCGGCAGACUAGUGACUAUGUUAAAGUUGAAUUUUUAUAAGAUAAACCUAUCCCCAACCCCAAACCCUUUUCUAACCCUAACCCCUAACCCUUUGAGAGUUAGAAAAGUCGGAAAAAAAAGUUUAAAAAUUUUAAGAAAAAAACAGUGCUAAGUCAGACAAAACACAUCCCGACCCCGACUGCGCUUAACUUUCCGCACGCAGCGCCUUUGCCGUAUGAGCUAACGGCAAGCUCGGUAAAAGUUAACGCAAACAAAAGUUUUUAUAUUCAACUAUAGUCACUAGACUGCCGGCCAUUUAGUAUUCGAUAAACCGUGACCGGCUGCCGGUCAUAUAGUCACUUUGUUAAAUAUAAAUCUGUUAAAAGUAAUACAACAUGAUGAAUUAAAUAUUUGUCAUUUAUAUUUGUUUCUUUCUCUGUGUAUAAAGGACAAAGUCCAUUAAUAACUAAAAUAACUAAAGUUAUUCCGAAAACGGUUUUCGGAAUAACUUUAGUUUAACGUGUGCAUAGUUACAGUACACAAAUUAUUAAAACUAUAGUUAUAAUUUAAUUUUUUUUCAGCAGUAAUAAUCAGGGGUGGAAAAAGUAUCAGAUCGUGGGACCAUUGGUCCCAGAAACUUUUUGAAUUCUCAGAAAAUUUCUUUUAUUUUGUAAUAAUUUAGAUAAAAAAAGAAAUUCAAAGGGAAAAUAAUAGAGCGAUAGUGUAUAUUAAAUAUAUAAAUGCAAAUGCAUUUUUAGCCAAUUUGGCACACCUGAUUUUCAAAAUUUUCUGGGGGAUCUUCCUGGUACACAUGUAAAAACACUCCGGCACGGGCUUUAGGACAAAUUCAAUUGAACAACAAUAGUAUUCUAUCUAAAUAGCAGUUAAAAUAAAGUGUACAGCACCUGAACUGUUCAAUAUCUUACUUCUGUAUCCAUAAAACAUUUACAUAUAUGCAAAUGCUCUAUAUUUUCAGAACCCGCCAUAUUUAUUUACAUUAGAGCCCAAGCUUUCGCCGUUUCACGGUUCACACGAAAUAUUACGUCGGUGAUUUUCACUAAUAAUAAGAGGGUAGGAUCAUCCAAUUGUUCAAUCGUUUGAAGUGCGAGGAAACCAUGCUUCCAUAUAUGGCACAAACGUGUCCCCAACUUCUUAUAUGGCACAAACGUGUCCCCAAAAUUAUUUUAACGAAGCCGUUAUGAUGUCAUAAGAUUCCUCCCGCUCGGAACGAUUUGAACAGGUCACGUGGUACAGAACCCAGACAGCUGAUUGGGUUAGCGAGUGACAAUGCCCACUUUAAUCCUACCCUCUUAUUAUUAGUGAAAAUCACCGACGUUAAUAUUCCGUGUGAACCGCAAAAGUUUGGGUUCUAAUGUAAAUAAAUAUGGCGGAUUUUGAAAAUAUACAGCAUUUGCAUAUAUGUAAAUGUUUUAUGGAUAUAGAAGCAAGAUAUUGAACAGUUCAGGCGCCAUACACUUUAUUUUAACUGCUAUUUAGAUAGAAUACUAUCGUUGUCGAAUUGAAUUUGUCCUAAAGCCUGUGGCUCAGGUUGAUGCAAUACUGAUGAAAACAGGAUUGAACAAUGUUUUGCUGCCCACAUUGUUCAUAGCUGUCAACAAUAUUGAACAAUAUUGUUACACCCGAUUCAGGCUCAACAACAUUGUUCAAUAUUGUUGACAAGUGUGAACGUGGGCAGCAAAACAUUGUUCAGUCCUGUUGAGCAACAGGCUCGGCGUUUUUUGCUGUGUAGUCCCCCCUAGCAAUGGCCUUUUGCAUCUGUAAUCAUUAUCUUCUAAGGAUCCGAACCUUGAUGCAGUGUGGAUUAUAACGGUCAGCAGUCGGCUAUAUGUGGAACAAAAACACUGAUGAAUUAUUUUUUUUCUGUACAGACAUGUUGACCGAUCAGAUAGAAUACACAGUUUUCAGUUAAAUUAAGCACUGUUCAAAAAGCAUGCAAGAAAAAGAACUCAAAACGUUUUAUUGCAUGACUUCACUACGUGCAACAAACAUGUAUGGUACCAACUUUAUGUACCAGGCAUGUAGAAAAUUUGACAACAAUACAACCCUCGAAAUUCAACUAUUUUUGCCUCGGCAAAUAAUUGCCGAAGCCUUUCGAUAAUUUUCGAGUUUGCCUCGGCAAUUUUUUUUGCCGAGGCACGCAAUGAAAUCACCUUAAAUUCCUUCGGCAAUUACUUCGGCACCCUUCGGCAUUCAUGUCGGCAGUUAAAGUAAAGUACAUACAGAAAUUAUUGUAAACAAAUAUUAUAACGAGCGUAGGUUCUGAGACUUUUGACGUUCGACAAUUUGUUGUUAUUUUACAAAUUCCUGAUUCAAAAUUUAAAAAGUUAGUGGUAAUUUACAACCAAUUGUAAGAAAGAAUAAACUUGACGGUAAAAUCACACGACAGUCUAAAAGAUAAAACAAAGUUUCUCGACGUACCGUCUUUAAACCAUCAAGAUUGUUCUUUAUUUCAACCGAAGACGACGCUGCAUGAAAAGCUCAAAUUUAAAUAUUUUGUAAAGUAGCUAUGAAUGAAAUCUUCUGUUGUUCACCCAACGUCGAUGACAACAAUUCGAACAAAGAAGUGAUACAAAAAACGAACACUGUAGUUUGUAUAUUUAAGAAGAAAAAAAAGAACAGAAACUGUAGUUUGUAAGUUAAGGAACAGCGGGUGGAAUUGCCUCGGCAUUUUUUUGCCGAGGCAAACUAUGAAAAAUCGUAACUUGCCUCGGCAUUUGCGUCGGCAAUUGCCGAGUGCCGAGGCGAAUUUCGAGGGUUGCAAAAGGGACCAAGAAUUUUUCAGUUGCAUGGAUUGUUGGGACUGCUUACCAAAAGUUAAGUAUGAUCGGUAUUCGGUCAUGAUUGGUCAUGUGGGAAGUGAUCAGCAUGACCAUUCAAUGUAAAUAUUGAAAAGGUGGCCGACCAUUACUAGCCAAUGUUCGAGCAACUGCACACUUAGACCUAAGCAAUAUUGUUAUAAUCCACACUGCCCUGAUGCAUGUUAUCAAAAUUUGUUUUAUGUUAUAUCCCUAAAAGUAUUCUUAAUUUAAUUUAAGAUUCUCAGUGUACUGAAAUUCUUUUCUGUUAAAACAUAGCUUGACAACUUGUUAGUGUCACACGGUUAUAGUGUCCGAGUGUCAAUUUAGUUGAUUAUUUGCAGAAUAUUUUCAAUGUUUUCUUGCAGUCCCAGUUCUAAAGUAAAAUAUUUUUUCCACCCCUGCUGAGUAUAAAAAUUUUACAUUGGUCUCUAUUUUCCUAAGACAUUGCUCAACAUUCUCAUGCACCACUGAUCAUGGCUCUAAUAAUAUCAAAGGCCACAUAAAAAAUAGUGCGAUGAAUGUCCUUUAGUUUUGGCUGUUUUGCCAAAAGUUGGGUGGGCCGUGGGCAGGCAGUUUUUUCUCAAAAAGAUUUAGAUCAAAUAAACACAUGACAAGGUACUUUCAAGACUGCUAUACUGCAUGGACUGCUACAAUGUUUAGUGACACAGUCAAAACAAGAUAUAUUUGGUUAAAAAACAGACAAGGAAGCUGAUAUAUGAAGUAGUUUUUAACAUUUAUUUAUAUUUGUAAAAACCAUGGGGACAACAGGAGUGCAAAAAAUAAUAAAACAUCAUAACUGGCAAAACAUCAGAACAUCGAUGAUAUAUGAUCUAUGAGCAAUCAAUCUCAUAUUUCCGCCGUCUUGACUUCUUGACGUGUUGCUGACUGGAAGAGAAUUCCAUCAGUUCCGCUGUAUGAGCUUCUGGACAAAUAGCGGCUAGUAGGAUGCAAGAUUGAAAAGGAUAUUGAUGUAUAAACAUUGUCUAUUGUAAAUUUAGAAAAAUCUGUGAGUGCAGUUCAUGUUAAUAUUCAUAAAGUACUUAUUCUCUUGAAAUUGUGGACGGAAAGGAUUUUCCUCUCUCCUUUGUGUUCGUCCCUUGUAUGCGCGUACAAUGUGCAUAUAUAAUUAUGCAGUACUGACUGAAAUAAAAUGUUUGAAUGAUACAUUUUCUUUUCAUAGCUUGUACCUAGUUUACAGAAGCUAACUCGACGUUUUAUAACCCCUGUUGUACCACCUGUGUUGGCACUUUCUGUAUUUGGCUGGAAAAGUGAACCGAAAAUGGAGGUAACAAAAUCAGAGCCAGAAGAGGCUGAGGCUGAAGCUGUGAAACAUGCUGAUGAACUGUAUCGUUCAAAAGAAGAUAAAGAAAGCAAUGAAGUCGAGGUUGUGAAAAGUUUACACGCCUUUCUUACACAGUAUAAAGAAAUUGCCAAUCCUGAAUUAUUGUGGAGAUUAGCCAGGGCUUCUCAUGAUCUUGCAAAGCUUUCAGUUACUGAUGAAACAAGUAAAAAAUCUUUAAUUUAUGAGGCACACGAAUACGCAAAACGGGCAUUGGCAAGUGGUGGUGAAGAAAAUUUCGCUUGUCAUAAAUGGUAUGCUAUCACAUUGAGUAAUGUAGGAGAUUACGAAGGAACGAAACAAAAAAUCUCAAAUGCUUAUGAAAUUCAAAAUCAUUUCAAAAGAGCAAUUGAGCUAAAUCCAUUAGAUGCCACCUGUUAUCAUUUACUUGGAAGAUGGUGUUUCACUGUUUCUGAUGUUCCCUGGUAUCAGAGAAAGAUUGCGAGUGCUAUAUUUGAUACACCACCUUCCUCAUCAUAUGAAGAAGCCAUUGAUUACUUUGAGCGAGCGGAACGACUGGAUCCUAGUUUUUACAGUAUGAAUCAGUUGAUGAUUGCAAAAGGUUAUCUUAAUCUAAGUAAGAAAACAGAAGCCCGCCAAUGGUUGGAAAAACUUGAAAAGUUUGAUGUAAAAACAGAAGAAGAUAAAACAGCGGUGGAUGAAGCAAAAGAACUGUUAAAGAAAUGUUGACGACAUAUAGGUAUAGUUCUAGGUAUAUGUCACUUCUACUAACACUACUGUGUGGUUCAACCCUUUGAACCAUUAAUGACUUUGUAUGGACCCAAAGUUUAAUCUUAGUUAAUGAAUAAUUACGUUAUUUCUGGACCUUGUUAACAUAUUUCCUCAUAAUAAAAUUUGCAUCCGAUAAGAUAUUAAUUUGCACUUGAUAUAUCACUACAACAGGUGAGAAAAUUGUCUGAACAUGCGCGAAAACAGCGCGUCGUUGUUUUCUGUGGGAAAAUAUAUGUGUUUCCACUUGGUUGAUUUAAAAACGAAAAACCAUUUUGCAGCUGCUGUUUGUGGCCACAAAUCACCACAGCAAUUGGAUUUACUGGAAAAAAUGUUGCUGUAAUACUUUGAUUUUCUUAUUACCAAAAACAGAGCAAAAUAAUGCGUUCAAAAUGUCGUCUAUAAUAGCUUCCAUAGAAUGUGAAAUUCAAACCAAAAAUACCAAC